AUGAAGGACGCAGUCAGUAACAUUUUAGAGCAAUUUAAUAAUCGUUUUGGUAAAUACCCAAAAUUCGCUCAGUUUGAUCAAGGCACAGAGUUCUACAACAAAGAAGUAAAGUUAUUGCUUAAUAAACAUAACAUCGAGUUUUUCUCUACUUACUCAGACAAAAAGGCCGCAGUUGUGGAAAGAUUUAACAGAACACUGAAGGCGCUAAUGUGGAAGUACUUUUACAGUGUCAGUACAUAUAAAUGGUUAGACGUCCUUCAAGACUUAACUGAUAAUUACAACAGUUCAGUGAACAGAUCAAUUAAAUUAAUGUUUAAAAGUGAGAAAGGUAUUGACGGGAGUGGGACACAAAUAAUGAAACGUGGUAAGACCAGUAUACCUGUGUACUCCAAGAAUUCACCUGCAUUGAGAGAAUAUAGGGAACUGAUAAGGAAAAUCAAGCAUGACCAGACUACAGACACCAGAACCAGAGCAAGCUGUGGAUAUAAAUGAAGUAUCUGGUCAAAAUAGCUUUAUCUCUGAAGUAAGUGAAUUUGAGAACAUAGAACUUGUUAAUAUUGAACAACAAACUGACACUGACAUUUCAGGUCUUACACAAGAAGAGAAUAGGGAACUAAGAGGAGUUAUUAAACCGAAGGAGAGUGUGCUAUGGAGUUCACGUAUAGGAGAGAAUGGUGCACUUCAGAAACAGGUUGACCACUUUAAUGAAACCAUUUAUGAAACCAUUGAGAUGAGAGAUCAAGCGGAUGAUAUUGAGGAGUACAGAAGACUGGACAGUAGAGUAGAAGCCCUGAGGAAAGCUAGGGAUAAAACUGCAUUCCAAAGAGAGUUGGAGGAAGUAAGAUUUAAACAAGUUGAAGACAUUUCAAGAUUUAAAAGAUUUAAGGACUGGUUAGGGGAGAAUAAAGUCGGUCUCACAGGAAUAGCAGUGUCAACAGCAGCUCUAAUUACAACCUUAAUAGUUGGGACUAGGGGUGCAAUUAUUGGAGCAGCAAAGGCAACUGGUAAAGUAGCAAAGGCACUAGCAAACUUAGCAAGGAAAGGUGCUCCAAUUCUUAUACCAGUCCUGAAUGCUCUUGCAACAGCUCUAUCAUGGGGUGCUAAAGGAAUUACCUGGCUAGCAUCAAACUUAUGGGUUCUAGCUAUAGCGGCUGCAUUACUUACGUACGACUACUUACAACGCUAA